AUGGCUUCCAUCAAGAGCUCCCUCUUACUUGCCUCCCUCGCAAGCCUUUCUCUGGCCACACCUGUCCGUGAGAAGCAAUCGCCGCGUGCACAACUACUGCCCUAUUACCUUGGCAAGCCGCACAAGUGGCCUAGUCUGCAAUGUGCAGCCACAGGCCAGUGGGGGCGCGUUCUUGACGAAAAGAUUUGCGGCACCUGGUACUUUUGCCACUAUACUGUCCUUGCGACUGCCAGGGACUACGAUCUUGGGCACGACCAGUCAUACCGGACAUUUGAUGCGUGUCUCAAGGAUCGUGAGCCCGCGCCAGAUGGUCAAGAAGGUUCUGAAAGGCUACAGGAAAGUCUGGUUCCUUAUAUGGAGCGGGCCGUCCAUUCCGAUGAUCCUUGUGUCGCGUAUAGUCUUGCCAGACCACAAAGCGCCAUGUUUUGGUGCAGCACCGACCAAUAUUGCAAGGAAAAUGUCGAGCAGGGUCGCAAGACUCUUGACGAGUGCCUGGCACUUUUCGAGAAGCGACCCGUAGGCCCUGAACAUCCCGAGGAUCCCAAGUCUGAUACGCAGCUCUUUCAAGGGGAGGACGAUUCGGAACCGAUGCCCGUCUGGACUUGA